AUGCUGUCGCUUCUGCAACUCAUCCACUACAUCGCGUUCGUUGGAGCGCAAUUGACCAACUCGUUGUGCCUCUAUUUGAUCUACGCGAAAUCGUGCGCGAAUUUCGGCCGCUAUCGCGUCAUGAUGAUCAUGUUCAACGUGUACUCGAUGAUCUACGCGCUCGUCCAUUUGCUCACCCAGCCGGUCAUGCAUAUGGAGUUGGCCGGCACGCUCUUCUUCAUCGACAGCUUCGAUUUCAUCAAAUUCAAUCGGGCGAUCGGUGUGCCGAUAGGCGUGAUUUAUUGCGGCUCGUUCACGUUCUGUCUGGCGAUAUUCGCCGUCAACUUCUUCUAUCGCUAUCUGGCGGUGUGCCAUCCGAAACAGUUGCGAUUGUUCGACGGCUGGCGCGUCUAUCUCACGCUGAUCCCGUCGUUUCUGGCGUUCGCCGCGUUCGGCGGUGGCGCCUGGUACGGCUUCACGCCGGAGCCGUGGAAGAACGACUACUACCGCGAUUCGCUUCGCGACGCCUACAACGAGACCGUCGACGAGCUCUCCUACAUCAUCGUCGUCUAUUAUGUGCGCGACGAGCGCCAUCAACGCGUCUGGCAAUGGGGUUGCAUCGCCGGCGGAAUCGGCGGCUUCGGAAGCGAGAUCGUGUGCUUCGCGACGAUCGCCGUGUGCGCCGCGAAGACCUACACGAAAAUGCACGCGGUGUCGAGUCAUAUGAGCGCCAAAACCAAAGAAAUGAAUCGCCAAUUGUUUUGGGCGUUGGCGUUGCAGACAUUCCUUCCAAUGGUGACGAUGUACAUCCCCUAUUGCGUCGCGAUCGCGUUUCCAAUCUUCGAGAUUCACGUCGGCCGCAUCGCCAACACCAUCGGCUGCUAUUUCGCCAUCUAUCCGGCCACCGAUCCGAUCAUCGCCAUCAUCAUCAUCAAGCCGUUUCGGCAAGCAAUCCUAUGUCGCGAGACGAAAAAAAGCCACGUGGCGUCGACGGGCAACUCGUAG